AUGGCCCCCUCUACUCCCACUACCAACCCUUUCGCCGCCAUAAGGAACUUUGGUGGUAUGAUGUCGUCUGCUCUUUCCUUCGGCGAUAGGUCUCGCCAAGUCUCCUCCCUUGGGCUCGGCACUCUCUCUUUGGGGGAACCGUCCGGCGCUGCCUCGCCUCCUCGCUCCGCUUCUCCUCCCGCUGCUUCUCCGCCCGCUUCUCCCCGCGCUGCUUCUCCCCACGCUGCUUCUCCGUCCGCUUCUCCUCGCGCUGGUUCUCUCUCUCCGGAGUCAGAGUCUUCCGUCGUUGAAACUGGUCCUCCCGGUGGGUAUCCUCCUGCCACCUCCCCGCGCCGCAGGACGCCCGCCUUUCGUCGCGGUGAGUCUCCCUCCUCCUCCGACCUGGACGUUAGUGGAAGCUCGGAGUCGGGUGAUCGACCCGACGUCGAAGAAAGUGAGGAUGACGAAGAGGAUGAGGAUGACGAAGAAGACGAGGAUGAGGAUGAUUUGGAGGGUAGUGUUGAUCGUGAAGGUGAAACCGAGUUAGAAGAAUACUCGGAAGAUGAUAUGGAGGCGGGUAGAGUAGAGGACAACGACCCACUCCUGUCCCCCCCCCUGCCCAACUCACGGGCCAGAAACGACGCCGUUCCCUCUCCUCUUCUUCUUCUUCCUCCUCCUCCUCUUCCGAAGAUCUCCCCCCCCCCCGACGCCAUUGCCGCUGCCGCCGCCGCCGCUGCUGCUGACGCUCGCCGUGCAGCCACCCUUGCCGCCGCUGCUGCUGCUGCCCGCCGUGCCGCCACCGUCUCCCGCCCUGCCGCCACCGUCUCCCGCCCUGCCGCCGCCGACACUCGCCCUGUCGCCGCCGACCCCGCCGCUGCUACCCUUCCUUCUCCCAGAGGGGAGCCUUCGCCCAAACGGGUGAAGAGAUCAUUGCGGGAAGAAGAGUACUUGUGGGACAAGUUGAAGUCCGAGCCUGGGCGUUGGGUCGCGGUGGGUGUUGAUGAAGCGUGUGAUCGUUGUCGACGUGAGAUGAUCACGUAUAAUCGUCCAAACUGGCCCUGCCUCAAGGCAGUCAGGCCUCACAACAAAGCCCUCCGCUGUGCUUCAUGCACAUCUGGUCCCUGCUCCUUCUGUCCCGUCUCGUCUGCUCGGGACAUCCCACCCCGUCUCUCCGACGCCUCUCCUUUCCCCCCUCCCCAGACUCCAGCGUCUGUUCCCCGUUCGCGGGUGCCAUCUUCGUCUCUUCGGUCGGUUCGCCGAACUUCGCCGUCCUCCCGCUCGUCGCCUCCCUCGCCGUUGCCCUUCGUCCCUGUGGCCGGCCCAUCACGUCUCCCGGCUGCUCCUCCAUCGGCCUCUCGUCGCCCUUCGGCCCCCCGUCCCACGGCCUCUCGUCCGUCCUCUCCUGUGGUGCCUUCUCCUCCGGCCCACGGCACCCGAAGUCGUCGUCCUUCUGCUGCUCCUGCCACCCCAGCAGCAGCUCCUGUUACUCCUCCCUCUUUUCCCCAGAAGACUCCAAAGUCUUCUUUAAAGAAAUCUAAAGGGAAAGGUAAAGAGAAAGAGGUUGUCUUUAAUGAUGAUGACAUGGAAGGUGAAGAUACUCAGCGUGCUGGUCCCUCUGCCCCCCGAACGUCCUUCGUCCACCCUCGUAUUUCUCUGGACGUUCGUAUCCCCGAGGACGAAAAGGAAUUCGCCACUUAUCGUUCCCUCGUCCUUGGUCUCACCACUCAGCUCGAGGCCGCUCGCCACGAUACAUCUCUCUUGCUUGACUUCUCUUCUCGUCAAGCUAACGCUUUAAACAAUCUUACUGCGGCGUUAGUAGAUGUAGUCAACACUGGGGCUCUGGAUGAGGAAGCAAGGACGAGGUUAGCGGACGUCUCUCGCCGUAGCCUUACUGAGAUAGCCGAUGUUCGCCGAAGGCUUUACGACACCCCCUUCCUCGUCACUCCCAUGGCGUAUGAGCCACCGCCGGCCAUCGACUGGUUAGGUCGCCGCAGUAGUUCUCGUGUCCCCGCCGCCGCCCAGACUGCUCUCGACCUCCUCAGUCUUCCCUUUGAGUGUCUUCGGACCAUACGUUCUCUGUGGCGGACUCCGAGCAUGCAAGCUGCUCGCGAUUUCCAGGACUUCGGUGAUUUCUUUGGGGCUAUGAACAGAGCCUGGAAUGCUUCUCUCUCUUCUGCCUUCCCCCCUGACACUCUCAAUCUACCUUCAGCCAUCGGUAGUCUCCACACCAACCCCGCCGGACCGAGUAGAGCGAGGAGAAAGGAAAAGGAAAGGGUAAGGGUAAGGACAAUACGGUUCUACCUCCUAGCCCUUCGCACUCGCCCUUCCUUCGGUUUAGUAGGAUGA